GAGGAGUCAGCGCAGGGCCCCAGGGAGAUGGCUGUGGACCCAGCAGUGGAGAGAUCCCAAAAGAGCGCGCUGCGGUCCCAUGUCUCAGCCAGGGCUCCCUUCCCCGGCUCCCACCCGUGGAUAUGAUGGCAGCUCCUGCUCUGUCCUCCUGUCUGCCCCUCCUUGUCCUCUUCCUGCCCCUGGCCAUCCUUCAGGCAUCCUCAGUGGUGAAUGCAGACACUUCCAAGCUCACAUGCUUCUACAACUCAAAAGCCAACAUCUCCUGUGUCUGGAGCUGGGAUGGGGACCUUCAGGCCACAUCCUGCAAGAUCCACGCUCAGCCAGAUAGACGGCCUUGGAACAAAUCCUGUGAGCUGCUCCCUAUGCGACCGGCAUUCUGGGCCUGUUACCUGAUCCUCGGAUCCCCAGAUGCUCAGAGUCUGACCUCGGCGGACGUUGUCGGCAUGAGCGUGAUGUGCCAUGAAGGGGAGAGGUGGAGGAUACUGAUGACCCAGGACUUCAAGCCCUUUGAGAACCUUCGCCUGAUGGCUCCCAAUGGCCUCCAAGUCGCCGAUGUCGGGACCCACAAAUGUAACAUAACCUGGAAAGUCCCUCAGUCCUCCCACUACAUCAAAAGAUACCUGGAGUUCGAGGCUCGGAAGAGGUCCCCAGGCCACAGCUGGGAGGAGGCUUCCCUGAUGGCCCUCAGGCAGAACCAGCAAUGGAUUUCCCUAGAGACACUCACUCCAGACACCCUGUAUGAAUUUCAAGUGCGGGUCAGGGCCCAGAGAGGCAGCCACAAGACUUGGAGCCCCUGGAGUCAGCCCCUGGCCUUCAGGACGAGGCCUGCCGCCCAAGGGAAGCAGUCUCUGCCCUUUCCUUGGUUCGGCCACAUCAUCAUGGGCGUCACCGGUGCCUUUGGCUUUAUCAUCUUGGUCUACUUGUUGGUCAACUGCCAGUACAUCGGGCCAUGGCUGAAGAAGGUUCUGAAGUGCCAUAUCCCAGACCCCUCGGAGUUCUUUUCCCAGCUGAAGUCAGAGCACGGAGGAGAUUUCCAGAAGUGGCUCUCCUCGCCCUUCCCCUCGUCCUCCUUCAGCCCCAACACCCAGGCACCUGAGAUCUCCCCGCUGGAGGUGCUGGACCGGGACGCCAAGGCCACACAGCUGCUUCUGCUACAGCAGGAGAAGGUGCCCUCAGCCUCAACUGAGACCAGCGGCCACUCGCUCACCAGCUGCUUCACCAACCAGGGUUACUUCUUCUUCCACCUCCCUGAUGCUCUGGAGAUUGAGGCCUGCCAGGUGUACUUCUCCUAUGACCCCUGUGCAGAAGAGCCCGAGGAGGGCGGGCCUAGGGCACCCGAGGGGUCUCUGCCCCUACCCCAGCUGCUUCUGCCAGGGGAGGACGAUGCCUACUGCACCUUCCCCCCUGGGGAUGACCUGCUGCUCUUCUCUCCCGGGCUCCUGGGUGGCCCGGGCUCCCCAGACACUGCCCUGGGGGGCGCUGGGGCUCGGGAAGAGAAGCUGCCCCCCUCUCUGCCGGAGGGAGUUCCCAGAGACUGGGCCCCCCAGCCCCUGAGGCCUCCCACCCUAGGAGUGCCUGACUCCAUGGAUAUCCAGCCACCCCUGGAGCACGCACUGGGAGAAGCAAGAGAGGCGGUCCCAGCCCCUGGCCCCAGGGAGGGGGUGGGCUUCCCCUGGGCUACCCUUCCCGGUGGGGGCCAGCUCAGGGCCCCUACCUCCUGCCUGACUCUGAACCCCGAUGCCUACCUGUCCCUCCAAGAGCUGCAGGAUCAGGACCCAGCUCACUUGGUAUAGAGGGACAACCAGGCAGGUCGCAUCCGGACGUCUCUGCCCAGGGGGCCCCCACCCAGCCCUUCACACCCCGCUGUUCACUUCCAAACAAUAAUUGCUAAUUGCUGCUCGCUGGUCCUGUGGCCCAAGUCAAGAACUGCAGCGGGUGGGGGCGCUGUGACUCCCCCCUCCCCCUUCAGUCAUAGAGUCCCACGGCUUUUCCUCUGAGGCCUCAUCCAUCCUCUCCAGCCCUGCAAGUACUCUUCAGGGAGCAUUCUCGGGGGUUCUACAGGGAUCUUCACAGGGUCCUCCUCACUGGGGGCUUCCUGCCCCAGGCCCAUCCCCUUUCACCCCUAUCCACGGUAGCCAGAGUGCUCUCUCUGAACCACAACUAUGGCUCUGCUGCCCCUUGUUUAAAACCCUGCCAUGGCUCCCCCACUUCCCUCAGCACCACUUCUUGGCCGGGCUCUUGCCCCUCUGGCAUCAUGUUGGGACAUUCUCCUCCGGAACCCUCCCAAUGGUCCUACUGAGCCACCAGCAGCUCCCUCAUGCACCCAAUCUUUGCACACGCUGCUCCUUGUACCUGCGGUGCCCCCUCCUCUCUCAUCUAGGUGACACUCCCCUUACAUCUCAAGUGUCCUGCUUCCCUUAGAGGGAAACACUGCCUCCAUUAACGUGUCCCCGCUUCGAGAUUCAGCGCUGGCGGGACAAGUUCUCAGGGUCACGGGAUGGCUAGACAAAGAGGCCCUGUCACUUCACCCUUGGGAUCUUUUGUGACCUCAGAAUACUUAGCGACUGCAUCCUUAACCACUGCAGCCCAAGUAUGGACGCGAAUGUCAGAAGGAAAGUGGGACACUGGCUCUGGAUCUUUCCAUAGCGGUUCCACAGAUUCAUAAGGCAUGCUGCUGGAAAGCAAACCUCUCCUAGUGGCAGGUCUGAUGCUGUCACAGGGGGUCUAGACUGCUGUUGGGGGGACCUCUUCUGCACCCUCUACUGGAGGAUCUCUUCAGCAGCUCAGGGGCUGGCACACCGCCUCCAGAAGGGCAACUCUGCUCACUGCACUUGACACAGUGUGCUUGGCACCCAUCCUACUCCCUGGAUGAAUUAAUGAACUAUCUGGGGCCAUAGUUGCUUGGACUCCCUGUGCACAGCUGCCUCCACACAGGGGACAGCAUCCCCUUCUAAGGGCAAGACUCAGGCCGAGCCCCGUGCUCACUAGGUGCCAGCAUGGCCAUUCCAGCAAGAGGCUCAUCCCCUUACGUGGCAAUCCUCCCCCCAACACAAACAUAGACACACGCAGCUGCCCCCUUCCUCCUGGGUGCUUCCCAGCACCUCUCCAUUUCCCUUCCCAUCGUCCCUGGCACAGAUCACCCCUGCGAGGCCUGUCACACCCUCCUCCCAGACCAGGCACCCGAGGCGCCCAUACUUAUAGGCCCUGCUCCUACCUGGUUAGGCCCCGGAUGCAAGCCCACCCAUCAGCUGACAAGCAGCCUACAGGCCGGCUUAGAACAGAAGCUCUGCCCAAUCAGAGAGGCCCGGCCUGAAGUGGCCAAUCAGAUUGCUCUCAGUCUUGGGGCUGAGCUCAAGGAAGGAGGGAAGGCCCUGGGAGUAGGUGCUCGAGGAGAAGGUGCUCAGAGAAGCCUGGGGUGGAGGCCUUCAGCCGGUUAGCAGAGGGGCAUCGGGCCCUGCUACAGAGACUCCUCCUGCCACUGGGGCUACCGACUGUUCACUCAAGAUUCUUGUUUUCCUUAUGUCUGAAAUAAACUCCCCUUUGCUGAGGUUGUCUGGGUCUUGGAUCCUUCCCACCACAGAGCUUAAUUACCUGGGCAUCUCACUUCCCAUCUCCUGCCAUUCGAUGCCAUGUGUGCUGGGCCACCAAGCUCCUCAGUCCUGGCCUGAGCAUCAGACCCCAAGCUCCGUGCCCGGGGAAACUGUGAAACCUCCCUGCGGGUCAGUUUCCACUUUGAAGAGUUCUUGGAGCAGUUACUUUUCUCAAGCCUUGGUCAUUUGUGUUAGACAUAUUGUCAAUGACCUGUGUAUGCGAUCUCUGUUAUUGUUUACUUAAUGUUUUUUCUUCAAAU